UUUCAUCUGUGGAGUGAUCCUGACCUUCCGUUGCAGACCGCCGAAACCCUUGCGGGGACACUUCAUAAGCCCCUCUCUCUCUCUCUCUCUCUCAUCUCUUUCUCUCUCUAGGCAUUCACUUACACUAUCACUGCGUCAUCUUCCUUAGCCCGUUUCUACAGCUAUUAAUGGAGGACGAUUUCGAUAUUCCGGCGGCGGAGGGGAUGGAUGAUUUCAUGGAUCUGCCGGGGGAGGGCGGCUACAUGAAAGUCGGCGAGGAGAAGGACAUCGGUAAGCUAGGUUUGAAAAAGAAGCUUCUUAAGGAAGGCGAAGCCUGGGAUACUCCCGAUAAUGGCGAUGAAGUUGAAGUUCAUUACACUGGAACUUUGCUUGAUGGGACGAAGUUCGAUUCGAGUCGUGAUAGGGGAGAGACGUUCAAGUUCACACUCGGCCAAGGACAAGUCAUCAAAGGAUGGGACGAAGGUAUCAAAACAAUGAAGAAGGGUGAAAAUGCCAUUUUCACCAUACCACCUGUGUUGGCAUACGGUGAAUCCGGCUCUCCUCCGACUAUCCCUCCAAAUGCCACUCUACAGUUUGAUGUCGAAUUGCUUUCCUGGGUAAGUAUUAAGGAUAUCUGCAAGGAUGGUGGCAUAUUUAAAAAGAUUCUCAAAGACGGAGAAAAGUGGGAGAACCCUAAAGACCCUGAUGAAGUUCUCGUUAAGUACGAAGCACGGCUCGAAGAUGGAACCGUUGUUGCCAAAUCGGAUGGAGUUGAAUUCAAUGUUCAAGAAGGCUAUUUCUGUCCUGCUCUUUCCAAGGCUGUGAAGACCAUGAAGAAAGGCGAAAAGGUCCUUCUUACCGUCAAACCUCAAUAUGGGUUCAGCGAAAAGGGCAAGCCAGCCUCUGGUGAUGAAAAAGCUAUUCCACCAAAUGCUUCAUUAGAUAUUGUUCUGGAUUUGGUUUCGUGGAAGACUGUUUCCAAUGUCACUGAUGACAAGAAAGUUGUCAAGAAGAUACUGAAAGAUGGGGAGGGAUACGAGCGCCCGAAUGACGGAACUGUUGUUAAAUUGAAAUUGAUUGGAAAGCUGCAAGAUGGCACUGUCUUUGUUAAGAAAGGCCAUGGGGGCGAUGAUGAAAACGAUCUUUUUGAAUUUAAAACAGAUGAAGAUCAAGUUAUUGAAGGAUUAGACAAGGCUGUCGCGACAAUGAAGAAGGGAGAGGUAGCAGUUUUGACAAUCGACCCACAGUACGCAUUUGGUUCGUCCGAGUCAAAACAAGAUUUGGCCGUAGUUCCUCCAAACUCGACCGUGUAUUACGAUGUUGAGCUUGUCUCAUUUGUCAAGGAGAAGGAAUCUUGGGAUAUGAAUACAGAAGAAAAAAUCGAAGCUGCUGGUAAGAAGAAAGAAGAAGGGAAUUCACUGUUCAAGGCUGGCAAAUAUGCGAAAGCCUCAAAGAGAUACGAGAAGGCUGCCAAAUAUAUCGAACACGAGACUUCUUUCAGCGACGAGGAAAAGAAGCUGUGCAAAGUACUGAAGGUUUCUUGCAAUUUGAACAACGCAGCAUGCAAGUUGAAACUGAAAGACUAUAAGCAGGCUGAGAAGCUUUGUUCCAAGGUACUGGAACUUGAGAGUACAAACGUGAAGGCAUUGUACAGAAGAGCUCAAGCAUACAUGAAUAUGGCGGAUCUUGAUGUGGCUGAAUUUGAUAUCAAGAAGGCACUUGAACUCGACCCGGAAAACAGGGAGGUGAAGCUGGGAUACAAAGCUCUCAAGGAGAAGAUGAAGGAAUACAAUAAGAAGGACGCCAAGUUUUACGGAAACAUGUUUGCCAAAUUGAAAUAGAUGCAGCCCAUAUAUGAUGCUGAAAUAGAACACAGAUCCUAAGAAGGCAGAAACCAGUUAGCAUUGACAUUGAGUAAAAUCUUUAACUCCAUUUACUGAAAUCUUUCCCAUUUUAUUUUUCUGUUUUUUUUUUCCGGCCACUUUGUUUACUUGGAUCUUGAUAAGUGGCUCAAAUAUGAGUCGGGAUCGAUGGAAUUUAAGCCUGUUAACUGUUCCUGUAUUUCGAACGUAACUGAACUCUUAAAUUAUGAGUAGAAUGAUAAAACUCUUAAAUCCUUUUCCUGCAUUUUAUGUUCUGGAGAAGGCAAUGGGUUUUUAA